CACGAGUGGCCUACAUUAGUGGCAAAUGCCAUACACCUGACAGCUACUUUUGUUGAUUUUUGGUGUUUGCUAAUCAAAAUGCGGGACGAUUUUCAAUUUAAUAUCGAGUUCUGUGAACUAGUGGAACAUUAUGCAGUUCUAUAUGAUUACAGACGAUCGGAUUACUGCAACAGAAGUGCACAAGACCAGGCAUGGGAACAAAUAUCAAAAAAAAAUCAGUGCAAAUGUAUCCGAGUGUAAAGACCGCUGGAAGAAUAUACGAGGAAGCUAUUCAAAAUAUAGGGCAAAACUACAAACCAAAUCAGGACAAGGAGCUCAACGAGUCAAAGAAUGUUAUCUGGCCCCACAUCUCCUCUUCUUGGAUCCUUUCUUGAAGUCUCGCAAAAGCAAAGGCAACAUAGCUGAAGAGUCUGCAUUAUCAGCUGAUGGGGAAACAGAUGCUAAUGAAUAUGAAGAAAACGGCAACACUGAGGUUCAAUCACCCGAUUACAUUCUAUCCACGCAUGCACCUAUACCAUCUCCCAGUACUUCUGUCGAUGAUCACCUGUUAACAAUGAAAGCACCUAAAACACCAUCACGGAAAGGAGAUGAUUUAAAAAAAAAAAGAAGUUAGCAACCUCUAUAAAUGAUGUCAACCAGCAAGCUUUUCAGUAUUUUGAGAAAAAACAAAAAGUACUGGAGAUCCAGAACGUCACGAAAACAAAUACCACAGUUGAUCCUCCUGAUCCUAACCUGGCAUUUUUACACAGUGUUCUGCCCGACAUGAAGUCUAUGAACUCUAACCAGAAACGGCGUUUCAAAAUGGGCAUUUUAAAUUUGGCCGAGC